UGCACAGAAGGGCAGAAGCCCCAGCAGCAGCUGAGUGCAGGAGCCUGACUGCAGUGGAAAGCUGCGGCCGGGUCGGUCCAGGGUCCGCAGGGGAGGGGCCGGCAGAGGGCGCUCGAGGAACAGGGCGGGGCCGCACCUGUGCUGCUGGCUGGGGGAAAUGGGGAGGGGACCCGCGCCCGAAGCAGCUGCGCGCCCCGCCCCGCGGGCUCCUCCCCAUCGCCGCGGCCCCCCGGCUGCUGCCCGGAUGCGCUGCGUCCGGAGCCGGGCCGAAUCGCCGCCACAGCUGUUGGGGCAUCCGAGCCCGGUGCUGCCGCUAUCGAGGUUGCUGCCUCCUCUGUCGCCACCGCCGCCUCCUGCACCCCUCCGGGACCCCACUGGCCGUAUGGAGUCCCCGGAGGGCGCUGGUCCGGGAGAGAUUAUUAAGGAGGUCAAGGUGCCACAGGCUGCCCUGGGUGUUCCAGCUCAUGGGACAGGAGAUAGCUGCCAUACACCUGUGGUAGAGGAAGAGGAGAUUGGCAUCCCAAUACCAGCACCAGGGUUCCUGCAGGUCACAGAGAGGAGGCAGCCCCUGAGCAGUGUCUCCUCUCUGGAGGUCCACUUUGAUCUCCUGGACCUCACUGAGCUGACCGACAUGUCUGACCAGGAGCUGGCAGAGGUCUUUGCAGACUCUGACGACGAGAAUCUUGCCAGUGAAUCCCCAGCAGGUCUACAUCCACUGUCUCGGGCCGGCUGCUUACGCUCCCCAUCCUGGACAAAAACAAGGGCUGAGCAGAACCGUGAGAAACAGUCCCCUAGUGACCCAGAGAGGCAGACUACAAUUGUGGACACAUUCCUCACCGUGGAGGGGCCAAAGGAGGACUAACCUGUCUCCAUCUGUUCUGGAGUUGCUGAAGGGCUGGGCCAGAUCACUGUGAUGGAAAAUCAGGACAGUCCUGGCACUAGAGAUAUACUCUACCAACCCCAAGACUUCAGCCAUCACCUCCUGAUACCAGGUCAGGGUCAGGGUGCCAGACACAGGCCUCUGGGUACCCCAGCACAAGCACAGCCCAGUGGCCUUAGGUCCAGCUGGCUCCUGGACCCCGAAUCAGGGAUGACAUUGUGUGGAGUCACUACCUUGGGAUAAAGCAAGGACUAGAGUGACAAUGGUAGUCUGGGCCUUACAAAAAUUUCUCUGUAGGAGAAGAUUUCUUAUCUGCCACAAGAUUCCAAAUAAUUUGAAGUGAGAGGACCCAAGCCCAUAAGAGCUACCCAGGAACCCCUAGAGGUCUUCCUCCACAUGUCAAUGAGCUCAAAAGCCAAAGGUGGAUUUAGUGAUGGCUCAUGGAAUGGCUCUGCUGUCCAGCCAAGUAUGGGUAUGUGGGUGUACCUCCCCAACAUUUCCACCAUGACUUAAAUUUUAUACCCUUCCUCUGCCCAGGGCAGGCACUGCUGGUUCCAGUGUCUCCUCCUCAGGCUUGCUUCUCCUAGUCUAUGUGAAAGCCCAAAGGCUAAAGACUUGGCCCAUGUCUUCCCUUAGCCCAGAACACCAAACCUCAGUAACAAUUCCCCAGAUUGCUUGGAAGGGCAAAGUUUACCCCUCCCCAUCUUCUAUCACAAGGGCAUAUACUGUGCCUGCCCUCCAUAUCCCACUGCCUAAUUGCACCACCCACCACAGCCUGUCAAAUGCUUGGUUGGGAUGCUGUUCUGACCCUGUCUGUCCCAGGAGCAGUCAAAGGAAGGGCAGGGAAGGCAGGGCCAACCCAGCCACCCACUCUACUGUGGGAUGUUGGGGCACUCCCAACACUACUUCCCAUGUGCCCAAGGGCAGAAUAGGCUGCUGCUCUGACCAUAAAUCAAAGACUGGUUUUGAAAUCAAAGAUUAGCCUGCUUUUUUAGUUUCCAGGCCUGCCCUGCUGCCCUCUAAAACAAUUCUAGGGAAGGAAGACAGGCUUUUGACCUUAUGACUGAACUGAAAAAAAAAAAAAAUGCCCUGGGCUUCUGGGGCAGGGGUUGAGGAUCCAUGAGGCUCCUAAUUUUGGAGCUACCCUCUGCCCUGUUGACCCCUGAAGGCAAAUCUAAAACAAAACCCAACCCAGCAGCUGCUUUUCAGUCUCAAGGUAGCUGUGUGCCCUGGCCACACUCCCACAUGCCAGGGUCUCACCCCUACUGUCCACCUUUCCUGCUGCAGCUUCCAUGGAGCACAUUUACAGAGAGAUUAAAAUAUCACCAUCUGAGGGCCUAUGGUCUUUCUUUCUAGCUGACUGACACCAGGGUGCCACUGGGGCUCUGCUGUGGUGUUCUAGGCUGUGCUUAUUUGAGCUACAUUUUAGGGACAAGUGCCCUGGAUUUCUAGUCCCAAAGUAAUAGAACAAAAAGAACCACUAAGGAGUGACUCCUGCCAAUUCCCCCAGCCAACAACAGUGACCAAGCUAAAGGAGCAGCUAUUCCCUAUCAUGUGCUCUGCCCAGAAGCCACAGGGAAGCCCAAACCUCACUAUAUAAGCCCUUAAAAUAAGAUGAAUAUGGAGCCAGCCAUGAGUGACCUCCUUUCUGCAGGCCCAGGUGCUCAUGACUUUUCCACAGGGGCCUCAGGUCUUCCCUAGCUAGAUCUACUGUAACAGGAAGCUGGUAGCCAGGUCUUCUAAAGCUAGGAUACUGUGUGCAUUUUGGGGGAAGGGUGUGGUUUCUCACACAUUCUAAGCAUCCCAUUCCCCUUUCCCUUUACUCAGAGUCGGGGAAGCAGACAGGUGGAGGGCCUACCAGCCUUAGGUCUGACUAGAGAAGGACGGUUGGCUCAUACCUCUAGUUGGCUGCUUUACCUGUAAUUCUUGCAGUGAGAUGUUUCCAUGGAAGGUGAAGCAACACCAACAUGGUAUCACUUGCUCUGCUGUCUAGAGAUACAAUGCUAUGACAACCCCACCCCCACCUAAGUCACAUAAAAUGUACAAGAAAAUGGAUUCUGGGGCUGAAGAGAUGGCUUGGUGGUUAAGAGCAAUGACUGCUUUUGCAAAGGACCUGGGUUUGCCAAGCUUUAUCUAUAUAACACACAAUAAUUUGAAAUACCAGAUUGGCAGAACUAACCUUCUUGGGUAUUUAACAGAUGUACUUUGAGGUCUAUAAUAAUUUGGUCAG